AAUCACGUGACUCAACAUAAACAUUGAUAGCAAAGUGUGCGGACAUUUGAAUCGGUCUUUUUUGUCACAUUUGGUCCAUUAAUGGACACCGACGGUCACACCAGCAAUAGUGAUGACCGAGUGAUUAAAGUCGAAGCCUAUGACCAUCACAUUCGCCAAUCGGUUUGUAUGACACGCAGCCGAUACCGGUCGGGUCGGCGCGAAACGGCCGUCAAAGUGAUGACAAUCAGCGAUGAGUCCCGAUAUUUGCUGAUACAUCGGGUGCCCGAUAUUAAGGGUGAUGUCAAACAAGAGUUACGCCGUCUGUGUCACCGUUACGGACCAAUUGAUAGCCUAAAUCUUACGGAUUACCCGAAGUGUGAAGAGUUUACAAAAGUCUAUCUCAUUAAAUAUCGUCGGUUUGUGGACGCCGUGAGGGCCAAGAAAUCACUGGACGACCGAAACUUUUUGGGAUCUGUUUUGCACGUGUGUUACGCACCAGAGUUAGAAACAUUGGAUGAAACCAGAGAUAAAUUGCAUCAGAGAUUGACUUACGUGUCUCGUAUGUCAUCCAAGAAAUCUAAGAAACAAACGACCGGCCAAUCAAUAGUAACAGAAGAUAUGGAUACGACUGACGAUAAUAUUAAUGAAAGUGUCAAACAAUCAAAUGAAGACAUGAUUGCUAAGAAUAGACAGAAUUUGAAGCGAAAGUUUGAUGUAAUUAGAGAUAAAUUUGUGGCGGAUUUGAAACAAACCAAUACUACUGCACAUCAAUCAACAUCUGAGGCAAAGAAGAUGAAAGAGACGCCACGUAUCAGAUGGAGAAAGUGAUCGACUCUUGAAAUCUUAAGUGUGUUUGUUUUGAUGGAUGUCUUUCUGUUAUUUUAGAUUUUCAAUUAAAUAUUCUUUAACAUUAAGACUUUGACUA